AUGAAACCAGGACAAGCAGACAUCAAGUACCUUGAGACAGCAAAACGAUUGGACCUCUACGGUUUGGAUCUCCAUCCAGCGAGAGACAUGGAAAAUGUGGAGAUCUACGUUGGCGUAGGUUACAGUGGCAUCGUCAUUUAUCGUGAUCGAGUUCGAAUAGGUCGAUUCGCCUGGCCCAAGGUGUUGCGAAUAUCCUACAAAAAGAAUUAUUUCUACCUCAAAAUUCGACCGGAUUAUUUAAUUGUUAAACGAAUCGCUUCAUCCGCGUAA